AUGGACUUUGAGUCGGUUACAGAUGUUGUCCGACAGCUGACAUUGUAUCCACUUGACUUGAUCCGGAAAGGUGGUACAGAUUUUAUCCACCCAUCGACUUACCGUCAGUAUCGACCUGCUUCUUUGCAGAUCGCAAUCGAUAUUUGCCAUCUCCAAGAGGACCUGGGGCCGCAAGACCGGGUUGUCCAGCCAAGAGAUUUCCAGUCCUCUGCACACGCUUUGAUCUCAACUGCAAGGUCCGCUGUCAGUUUCGUCGACAUCCUGUCAUUUGUCCAAAGCCUGUGUUUGCUGCAGAUCAUGGCACUCUUCUCCCCGACGUCAACAAAGGAAGAACGUGAAGGAGGGUUCCGUCGCCAGCAGCUUUUGGCAGACUGGACCACGAAACUUUGGGCCAGCGCACCCACCUCACUCCCCAGCACUCUGUCGACACAUGAAGCCUAUGUUCUCGCUGAAGCGGUCCGAAGAACCAUAAUUGUCGCUCACAAAAUUGAAGGGGCCACUCGUGUUCUCCGUACGGGGUUUUUCAAACUUACCCUUUUCGUCGAGAGUUUACCUUUCGGUGGGAAUAUGGAUCUCUGGGAUUCGGAACUUCGGGAUGAUGAGAUUGACGUUAAAGAUGCCGGGCUGUUGUCGUAUCGCGAAUAUUGUGACUUAUGGGAUGCUGGGUUGAUUCAUUCUGCAACACCGUUUGAGCGACUGCUGCUGGUAGCCUGCAAAGGCAAAGCCGCCGUAGAUGAGAGAUUGGGACCACAGAUGAAGGUUGGUCGCCAGUAA